AUGUGCGUUGCUGAUUCUAUUGGGACUUCACAGAGUAAAAGUACAUGGAAAUUCACGUGGCAUCCAGGAUAUAUAGUGCCGAAUCCAGUCUUAGUCGAAUCGGCGACGCACAUCUCUAACUUUCCGUAUCAACGGAUUGUGCCAAGUAACGCCAAGUAUUUCGGGAGUGCAUCGAAGAAACCAAUAAGAAGACCACAUGAUGGACCAUAUUCUGCUCUUCAUUCCAGUAACUUCUUGGAAUUUGAAACUAUUUUUUGGAGUUAUCCGAGGGAAGAGCGCAAUCUUUCUUCUGAUAGAACUCAUUCGAAUGAAAAAUGCAACGCAAAACAUUCCGAGAAUAAGUCGAAGAAAUCAAGAGGGGGACGAGAUGCUGAACCAUAUUCUGCUCUUCACUGCGAUCACUUUAUGGCAUUUAAAACUGUGUUUUUGACUCAAGAGAGGGAAGAGCUCAAUCUUCCUUUUAAAGAUAAUCCUAUUGUCAAGACUUUAAUUGAAUACGACACUGAUGAAACUUUGGAUAUUAAGCAAGAUAUCAUCCAAGAUCAAGAGACAAAAAAAGUUAGAGGCAACAAAGUUCGGAGGCAAAGGAAAACGAAAAUUCAGAAUCCAAACCCGGUAGAGAAGUACAAGUGUAAAAAGUGUGCCCGAAGCUAUAAUCAGAAAGAAAGUUUGUACAGUCAUCAAAAAUUCGAAUGUGGCGUCGUUCCACAGUUUAAAUAUUCAAGAAGAGAUUCGAAGAAAGCAAUAGAAAUAUCAAUAGGGCGACCAGGUGUUCUUUACCAAAGCAGCAACGUGUUUCAAUAUGAAAGUUUUGUGAUGCCCUCAAUGGACCUAAACUACGUUUUGCAGUCAGUGUCAUCAAAUAUUGACGUAAAGACAGCCAGAAAAAAAAUGACGGCAGGCCGAAGAACUGCAGAUCACUAUUCUCCAUCAGAAACUCUAAUUUCUUCAGUCAACGUACCUCACAAACCCUUCAAUUGUCCAAAAUGUGGACGAAGUUUUGCUGUCAAGGGCAAUAUGAAUAGACACUUAAAAUACGAAUGUGGAAGAGUCAUAAACGAGUUGUCGAAAAACUUGCGAGACUAUCCAACCUUGCCUUUGUUAAAAGGUUUGGGAGACAUCUGGGUUGGAAAAAGAAGCAUUCAAUUUCCAUUUCGAUGUGAUCGGUGUGGAAAACAGUAUCAACAUCGGACUACUCUUCAGAGACACACCAGGCACGAAUGUGGAAAAGAACCCCGUUUCAGGUUCACCAGGAGGCUCGGUUCACUUGAUGGGAAAUAUUCCUGUACAACCUGUGGAAAAACGUAUAAAUGGAGACAAGGUUUGUUAAGACAUCGUAAAUACGAAUGCAAUGUGGAUCCAAUGUUCCACUGCAAAUAUUGCUCCCACAGAUCGAGACACAAAGAUAAUUUAAUGAAACAUAUAUUCGCAAAGCAUGUGGAUCGUAGAUAUUAUAUUGGAAAAUAA